AAAAAUACGGAAAAAAGAAAAGAUUUGGAGAAAAUGUGCAAAAAUACCAAAACCAAUCACGAGAGAAAGAGAUAACUUGCUUCGAUUACUAACCUCAUCGUGCGCCAUCAAGCUUCCUUGUCCUUAAACCCGUUAACCCUUCUACAGUAUUCGCUCUUAAAGCUUUAGGAAUUUGGUUUUUGAAUGGUUGAUAAAGUUAUCGGAUGGGAGCUCAGAAGAGCGUCCAUGCUGGCAAAGCCAAGAUAGACUUCAAUGUUGAUUUCACGCACAGGCUUUGUGCUGCUAUGAUGGUUCAUUCUUUCAGAAAUUCAGGCACUAGUAGUCCACUUUCGCUUAUUGUUGGGAGCCUUUGUGUAAAACACCCUAACUUAUUUGGAAAGAGUGAGAAGCUUGAUCUAUUGUGGGAUAAGGGGCUUUCAGAUUCCAAUAUAUUGAUUGCUUACAGGAAGCCUAGGCCUGAAUGGCUGGCUCAACAUUCUUUUGUCUUUCAGCACUCGAUCUCGCCUGAGGUUGGGAUACAUGGUGUGCCUGUUGACAACUUCUCAAAAACAGGGAGUGGAGGUGUCAAUCUAUGCCGCUUCUCUGCAGGCCUAGAUCUCGACGAGCCUGGAACUUCCAAUUGGACCACCAAAACUAGUAUAAAGUUUGAGCAUGUCCGUCCUGUCAAUGAUGAUGGCCACUCAAUAAGUAGAGAUCUUCAUGGAUAUUCAGUGACUUCCAGCGGUAAUUUUCAUGAUAAUAUGGUAGUACUGAAACAAGAGUCCAGAUUCGCCAAAGCAAAUGAUCAUAGUUUCACACGGUUUAGUUUACAAAUAGAACAAGGAAUUCCUCUUAUGUCAAAGUGGUUAAUUUUUAACCGGUUCAAGUUUGCUGCAUCAAAGGGAGUCAAAGUUGGUCCUGGAUUUCUCUUGGCAAGCGUUACAGGUGGUUCUAUCGUAGGUGAUAUAGCUCCAUACCAAGCAUUUGCAAUUGGGGGGGUUGGUAGUGUACGUGGAUAUGGUGAGGGUGCGGUUGGAUCUGGUAGAUCUUGUUUGGUUGCCAACACUCAACUCACAUUCCCUAUGAAUCUGAUGCUUGAUGGUGUUCUCUUCUGUGAUUGUGGAACUGAUUUGGGUUCUGGUCGCUAUGUUCCCGGAAACCCUGGUCUAAGACAUGGUAAACCGGGAGCCGGUGUUGGUGUUGGAUAUGGAGUCCGGUUAAAGUUCCCGAUGGGCCAUUUUCAGGUCGAUUACGCUCUCAAUGCCUAUCAUCAAAAGACCAUCUAUUUCGCCUUUAGUAAUGUUGCUUCUUGAUUUUUUUUCAAACUUAUAAGCCUUAUGGUCAAUUCUUUCCAAUUCAUGGAAAAUAGGUUAAAGCCAACAAAUUUUGUUUGGAACCAAAAAUCUCAUAAUCUUAUUAAUUCAUGUAAAUACAACAUUUUGUUUGCUAA